GGAAGAUUGAUGCCACUGUUGCUCCUCCCAAAUUAGAAUAAUAUAGUUUCAGGCACCCGACUGUUCUCCCCAACCUCCCCUGACAAAUUGUCUAGAUUAUGUCAGGCAGACUGUGAGAAAAGGCAGCACAUGUCACUGGAGGAACUGAUGGAGUCCGAAAUGAGAUUCUCUCAUCCUGGCUGGAGCGAGAUGACCCUUCUCAGUGUGAUCAUGUAAACAGGGAUCUGACUGACAACUGGCAGAACCGUGGGAGUUUGACCUCAAAGGUGAAGAAUUCCCUCCCAAAGAGGUGGACCAGCUUUGAGUUCCUUCAGGUUCUGAUCCACAAAUGCCCGGGUGGUCCGACUUGUUAGAACGGUUGCUAGACCAGGUUCCUUUGCUGAGUGUGGAAGGUGAAGACCAGAGAGAGACCUAUAGAGAGAGGGCGUGGUGAGGAGACCCGUAGGUAGGAUGAGUCUGGUGGAUAUCAGACAGACAGCAGGGUCCAUGACCCUGUCCCUGUCCAGCAUCGACUCCAAGGAGCGCUACUUCGACCGGGUGGACGAGAACGACCCGGAAUACCAGCGCAGCCGCAACAUGUCACCUGACCUGAGGCAGGACUUCAACAUGAUGGAGCAGAAGAAGAGGGUGACCCAGAUUCUCCAGAGCCCUGUGUUCAAGGACGAACUAGAAGGCCUGAUCCAGGAUCAGAUGACAAAAGGCAACACCCCUACAGGGCUUCUGGCUUUGAGGCAGAUAGCUGAUCUCAUCAUGGCCAGCACCAUGGGAGGAACUGCCUCCUUCACUUCCCCCCAAAGCCUUGGGAUGGUCACCCCAGUUAAUGACUUGUACGGUGUCGAGACUCCAUCCUUUGCCAAAGGGGAAAAGCAGAAUCGCUGUAAGCUGGCUAGUCUCUACAGGCUGAUAGACCUCUUCAGCUGGGCCCAUUUCACCAGCUCCUACAUUACUGUCCGUGUAAGUAAAGAACAAGGCCAUGUUCUUAUCAGCCCACAAGGACUAUCUUUUACUGAAGUCACAGCUGGCAAUCUGGUGAAAGUGAAUAUGAUUGGUGAUGUGAUGGACCAGGGCUCCUCCUUCCUGGGCAUAGACCCGCUGGGGUUUAGUCCCCACGCUGCCAUCUACUCCAUGAGGCCUGAUGUCAGGUGCAUCAUCCACAUUCACACCCCCGCCUCCGCUGCUGUGUCUUCCAUGAAGUGUGGCAUCCUGCCCAUUUCCCAAGAGGCUCUGCUUCUGGGCGACAUCGCCUACUUCAGUUACCAUGGCUGCCUAGAUGAUCAAGAGGAGAAGGUGGAGUUCCAGAAAGCUCUGGGCCCCACUGCCAAGGUGCUGGUCCUUAGGAACCAUGGGCUGGUGGCUCUUGGGGAGACCAUAGAGGAGGCGUUCCACUACAUUUACCAUGCCCAGCAGGCAUGUGAGAUCCAGGUCAGCGCUCUGAGAUGUUCCGGAGGAGCGGACAACCUGUUGCUUCUGGACCGGGACAAGUUCAAGUCCCUGACCCAGGGUGUGGCUGCAGUCGGAGUGGUUGUGGACAGUGAGGUCAAGUGGAAAGUGGGGGAGGCGGAGUUUGAAUCCCUCAUGAGGAUGCUGGACAACCUGGGCUACCGGACUGGCUAUGCCUACCGCAAUCCCAUAGUGAGGGAGAAGCCUCGGACGAAGAACGACGUGGAGAUCCCUGCCACGGUGUCUGCGGUGCCCGUGGAGGAGGGGGACACGGGCCUGCGGAGCCCCUUCAAGUUCAUGGCCCAGAAGCAGCAGAGGGAGAGGACCCGCUGGCUCAACUCUCCCAACAGCUACCUGAAGGUCAACGUGGCCGAACGCUCACCCAACGGAGAAUGCAGCCCCAGGACCAAAACGACGUGGAUGAUAUCCGAAGAAUCAGGCAAUAGCAGUGGCACCCCAAUACGAAUCGAGGACCCCAACCAGUUUGUUCCACUCAACACAAAUCCCACAGACGUCCUUGAGAAGAGGAACCGGAUCAGGGAACAAAACAGGUGUGACCAGAUGACAGCAGGUCCUAAGUCCCAGCUUCUAGCAGGCAUUGUUGUGGACACCAAACCUGGACCAGCUUUCAUCAUGGAGGAUGAGGAGCAGACACGCUCCCUCCCUCCCAACCCCUUCAGCGGGCUGACAAAGAAGGAGCUUGAGGAGUAUAAGCUCACUGUGGAGAGCAGGCAACAAGGCCAGGACGAUGGUGAAGAUGUGACAGAUGGGGAUGAGAUGACCACGUUUGACGGCUCCACCAUAUCCCUGUCCCUCUCUCCACUCAUGACUCCUGUCAAACAAGAUAUAAUUUCCAAUGGGAAAGACCACCUGGAUGAGCUGGAGAACCUAAGCAUGAAUGUAUCCAAGCUGAGCGUUAGCACCACAGAUACUGUGGAGAUCUCCAUAACAACCAUAGAGAAGGAUCCACAGACCCCUGAGAGCCAGAGCAAGUCCCCAAAGAAGAAGAAGAAGUUCCGUACUCCCUCCUUCCUGAAAAUGAGCAAGAAGGAGAAGAAGAAAGAGAAAGCUGAGGCCUAAUUAAAGACAGUGACGAUUUGCUUCGAUGAAAUGCAUUUCUUUGGCAUGCGAUGAUUGGGUUAUCGAGUGGUGCAGCUUUUGAAUUGACAUGAAUUUGCAAAGUUCACUAACUAGUAGCCUGUUUUUGUCAAUCAUUUCUUUUGAGGGCUUUGCUCAUGACAUAAGAAGAACAUACCGUAUGUCAGUUAGGCAACAGGUUGUAACUGAGCUGUGAGUAAUAGUUACCAAUCAAGAAAAAAAACAAUUAUACUUAGUUUGAAUUAACUACUCUUGAAACUACCAUUUUAGAUUUUAGACAUUUUGUUGUGAGCUCAGUAUUGAAUGUAUGUUGAUAGGACCUGUAACAUACAUGUAAGUGCCAUUUGGGAACUGUUGAGGUUUAAAGUCUGGUGCCUGGAGCUGGUGAAAAUAUAUGAAGUCAAGCCUUAAUCAGUAUGGUUUGUAUAACAAUAUAUUACUGUUUUUUUUAAUGGCUAAGAUAUAGUUCACAGUAGUGUUAUUUGAUAUGAAACAUAUACAGAACAUGUGUUCCUAUGGACUGUUAUAUUGACCAUAUAACUCAUAGCAAUGCUCAAAUAAGGCAGUUGUUAAGCAUGUCUCGCAAUAAGUGAUGCUGUCUUCGUGGUAGAUGCUUACGCUUUGUUGUGAUUGUGAGAAGACACUAAGACUUAAGACUUGAACCAAUGAGCCAUUUCAUGUGUUUUACUGAUUCGAGUGGUGACAUGACGGAUAGCAAAAUGAAAGAUGAUUGAUAUUAUUUAGGGCUACGGAAAGUGCUACAAAUGAGCUGCGAAUGUCAGAGGUCUACUGAGAGUCAAGUUGGAACGUAGGUCAGGUGUCCAAUUCAUUGAUUGCCUUAUGAUAUGAAAAGCCAUUCCCUGAUUGUGUGUGUAAUGACAAUGUGUGUAAAACUUGAGAAUGCAGGCUAUAAACCAAGGAUAAAAUGCCCACAUCCCAAUCAAUAUGUGAAUGCUUGCUUCGACCCAAAGGGUGAAAUGUGUGCUUGUGUAAAUAGAAGGUUGUGUGUUUUUUAAACACAAUGCUGAACUAUCGAUUGGAGUAGAACGCAUUUGUGUACUGUAAUAGACUUGACUUUAAUCAAUAAUGCAUUAGGAUUUAGUUCUGCUUUUAAGUUAAAAUUCAAUCAUAUCAACAAUAAAUAUAACAUGUCAUGUUCACUGCCACAAUUUCUGUUACUAAUAUAAUUUUGUUGAUUUUCAUCAUUUGUAUUGAAAUGCUUAUGUAUUAACUUUGAGCUUUUGUGAUAUAGGAUUGUGUUUUGCAUAGAUGCUCCAUUACGUUGACUGAAUUCUCCAUGAAGCUGCAGUACAUUACAUCAACAAUGUAACAAUGAAAAUAUGUGUUAACCUGA